AUGGAUCAAACAACCCUCAUGAUGCCUAGCAUCAAUGUGAUCUUUCUGGUCAUCUUCAUAUUGUUAGGAGUGAUUCUGGUAACGAUAACCAUUGAUUUCGUAGCAGCAGAGGUUAUUGACCGUAUUCACUACAUGGGACGUCAUGUAGGAAAAGCACGAGAAAUUGCCGGCAAAAUGAUGCAGAUGGCGCAGUCGCUGAAUGUUAAUAGAGGGAUCACGGGACUUACUACAGGAAUGGCACAACUUCAAGCCCUCGCACGGUUUGGACUGCUAGGCAGACUGGAUCAAGAGGUAAUCGAUAAAGGAAAGGAUGGAUGCGCCUUUGCACCGUUUUUAGAAGACAUGGAUUUUGUGGAUAAUGCGUCAACGUACACAAUGGAUGUGAAGUCGCCCCACCGCCGUCAACAAUCUCCACCCAAUCGUUUCAUUCAGAGUUAUCCAAAUGUCCCAACUCAUCACUCUAGAGGCGACUCUAAUUAUGUUCUCAAGGAAAGCGAUGAGAAAAGAUCCACAUAUUCUUCCAAACGGACUCCCUAG